AUGAAACUCUCCUCGCGGCCUCUAUUCUGCGUCUUUCCAAUCGUCUCCGCAGAUGUUCAGACAACCUCGCACAGCGAAUUGGGUAAGACUGCUCCAAGUUCGGAUGCCAACUCCCCUGUUACAGCUAGGAGCAGGAAAACUGGUAUGAAGACUUCAACGUCCCUCCAUCAGGAACUGAACGAUUCCCUCUCAAAUAUGCGAACGGUUGAACAACAACUGCAGUACAUGGAACACAUUCUGUUCGGUGGUGAACGGAGCAAGUCAACCGAGACCGACUAUCUACAGGAGUUAGAGCGGAUUAAUAAUGAGUUGCGAGGGUUCGUACCAAUUAGUGGGGAUAGAGAGACGGGCGGAGCGGGCACCUCGAUCUCCCACAUCACUCCUGAGGCAACGGAUUCAGGGGUCGAGGGGUCGAUAGCCACAAGAGGGGAGGUUGCAGGGGAAGUUCCCAAUGGAGGCACAACCAGCCACGGAGAUGCCUUCCCGAAUGGAGACUUCUAUUGA